AUAUUGAAAGGGGGGAAAGUAGAUACUCACACUGUUACUACACAAAAUAGGCUCACUCUUCCUACAACGGGACAUGCGUUAUUUGAUUAUUUCUCUCUUCGCCGUUCUAAACACAUUAAAUUCUUCUAAUGAUGGCCGUAUCUCGUGAGCGUAGGGUCGCUCAACCAGUGCCUCGCUAAUCCUAGACAUGCCCAACGAUGCGCAGUAUAUCAACCACAGAGAGAGGGAGUAGUAUAAACCUACACCCCCUCUAGCGUUGAGAGAGAGAGAGAGAGAGGAUGUUUUGAGAGAGCACAGCUAGAAGCUUGGCUUCUCGCAACAAGUGCUGCAUCUCUAGUGAGCGAGUGAGUGAGAGAGACAGCCUUGGCCUUGGCGUUGGUGGUGUAGCUCCAGCCUCCAAGCAUCCAUCCAUGCUUACAUAAGUCAGACAGGGAGGGAGGACCGGAAGGAGGAGGAGAGAAAAAGCGAAGCUUUGGUUCUUUCUUUGCACCACCGGUUGCCUCCGUUGAUCUCCUUGUCGAUCGCCGGAAGCAAACCGUUGUUGGUGAUGGGCAGCGGCGGCGGUGGCUGCGGCAGGAACGGCGCUGUGAGGCAGUACAUCAGGUCCAAGGUGCCGAGGCUGAGGUGGACCGGGGAGCUCCACUGCAGCUUCGUCCAAGCCAUCGAAUUCCUCGGUGGCCAAGACAAGGCUACACCUAAGCUCAUUCUUCAGCUCAUGGGGGUGAAGGGGCUGACCAUAUCUCAUGUCAAGAGCCACCUCCAGAUGUACAGAUGCUCCAGGCUCGGCUCCCAUGGCACGGGAAGGAGAUCAGAGAUGCAACCACAGCUGCAAAGGAAGCACUCAUGUGGUGCUGAUGAGCAAGUCCCCAGAGAAUUCCUGUGCCCCCCUCUGAAAAGGACCAGGAUGGGGACAGAAGCCACAUACAAAGGCAUGCAAGGAAGCCAAGGAAUCAGUGAGAUGAGGACUACUGGCACCCAGUACUGCAUUGAUGAUUACAUGCAAGCCAUGGCAAUGGAGAGGAGAAUAAAGGAGGAGGGCCUCAGAUGGCAGAGGGAUGCUGCUGCUGCUGCUGCUGCAGAUGGUGGUGCUGCUGCUUCCAACCUCCAAACCGUGGGAUGUUCGGUGCAAGAAUCUGACCCCUUUAAGAUCAUCAAACCAGAAGUGCACCAUCUUGGUCCCGUGUUGAAGCUGCAAUGCUCCAAGGUGGAGAACAGUGGAUUCAUCUCCAGCAGCACCGGCACGGCUGCAAGGGAUCAACCGGAGCCGCCGCCGCUGGAGAAAUGUUCGCUGUCACUCUCCCUCGGUCCAGACCCCAAAUGCAUGCCGGCGAUCGCCUCGUCGCCGAGCGAAAGCAGCUGCAUCCUCUCGUCGUCGUCCAGGAGCUUCAGCGACUGCUCCGGGAACUCAGGUUGUCUUGUUGCCCCGGGUGUGAACUUGGAACUCUCCAUGUCCAUCUGUGGAUCUUAGACCUUGGUUCCAGUAAUCCAGUUUUUGUACAUCAGUCAGUCUCACAUGUCGGUUUUGAACUUUUAAUCACCUGCUUCAGUGUUGAUACGGUGAUACCCUGAUCAUGUUAGGAAGUUAGCCAAUUGCAAGAUGUCAGUGUAGGGCCUUGAGUAUGCAGUGCAAUGAUCCUAAAUCCUAAUUAGCAGUCCACCUCCAGUACGUGUAUACAGUAUAAGUGGCAAAGUUCUCUAGCUCCAUCCAGAGUAUCACUGUCGUACUGUUGCUUUCAGGCUUCAGCACCAAAGAACAGAAAAAAGAAAGGCGAGAUUCUUGCCGCCUCACAACAUCU